AUGAGUCAAAUAUCAGGAACAUCCCGUCGCGUUGUAAGAAACCUUGCUCAUCGCAAGGUCGAUUGGUCUGCUGAUGUCUGGAAGGCUGCUCCCAUUGUCAACAAUGUCAACCAGUUCCGCGCUUGGGUUUCUUCUGCCGAAGGCCAAGCCGAGAAGUACAAGGCCGCUCCCGCAGCUAUUGACUUCUCCGGUGCCAAGAGCAAGGUUCGUGACACUGAAAUGAUCGAUAUGCUAGAGUCUUUCUACAAGACUGCAAAGCCUGCUCCUGAAACGCACGAAUGGGAUGCCGAGGAUAAGGCUUUCAAGACCCAACACUUUGAACAGGUUAAGGAACAAGCCGCUGUCUACGCUGAACUCAAGGAAGAUUUGCUCAAGGAAAUCGAGUUCCAAAAGGCCACCAGAACAACUGCCGAGACCACCAUCUACGAUCUCAUGUGCAACAACCCUACCAUCCACGAGGAGAUUGAAGACGAGAUCGAACGUCGUGAGUGGUUCAAGGAUAUUGGUUUGAACGCCAAGUAA